AUGUCACAUCGAAUGAGGUCUUUGUUUCUUGGACUCUGUCUAGCCGUGCUCGCUGUAUUCGUAGACUCGUCGUCUCCCUUUGGCAUUCAAACCAAUGAAGACACAGCGAGUACCUUCGCGUCAAGCAUGGUGUAUGACGCUACGCUUUCGAGACUAUACAUUACCGGUGCCACCUACGGUCGCGAAUUUGACAAAUCUGGGAGCACUACACCGAUCUCACAAAAUACCAGCGAUUGCUUUUUCGGCAUUCUACAACUCCCAGUAAAAGCCGCCAACACCCUACCAGUCUGGAUCAUUCGCCAGCAGAUAGGUCGAAUGAACACACAAGAGGUAUGCUCUGCAAUAUACACCACAGGAAGUGGAAGUGACAGAAAAAUGUACGUUCUUGGCCACUCUGUGGAAUCUCCGAGUGUGCUAGCACCUUUGAAAUUAGAGGGUCCGAACAGGACAGUCUAUGGAAUGGUUCUUGAUUUAAACUGGAAGGGAAAAGUACAUGGUGGCCAUCUGAUAGAGUCUGCAGCGGUUCAAAUCCCGAUUGCUAUGCAAUUCGACGAUGGCGACUUGCUGAUAGCCUCUCUGAAAUCGGCUUCCCCUGAAGCUCAACAGGCCGUCCAAAGCCAACAGUCUCAAGAUUCUACUGCCGACCCUACCAAUGAUGGAGCGUAUUUCCUGUUACAGAAUGACAAACCUCUGUCUCUUUCUCUUCAAAGACUACAUCGUAUGGGUAAUCGCUCAGUUGCCCCUCGUUUGGAUUCCGGCAGAAUUGAAGAUGGACCUAUCCUCCAAACUCUAGAUUCUGAAUGGUGGAAGGAAUUUGCGACGGACCAGCUCGCUAGUGUUCAACUUUCCAGCAUGAUUCGACUGAACGACUCAACUACGAUUCUUGCUGGUUCCACACGAGGUACAGGCAUUGCCUUUGGUGGUGGAUUUGCGGCUAACGCAUUGGACGGGUUCUUGAUGUUGUUUAAAUCAAGAACAGGAAAUACAGUGAGUUCGAAAAGAGUUUCUUCAAAUGGAAUGGAUCGAAUUCUCGGGCUUUGCCAAGCAGCCGACACAGGUUUCCUUUACGUAACUGGAAUGACAGAUGGCAAUCUACUACAAGGUGAAGCUGUGCCGGUGCCUUCCUCGCAACCCGGACACUAUCAAGCCUUUCUACAUAAAAUCAACGCAACAACACUGGAAACGAUUUGGACCUACCAGAUUGGAACAAUCCUCGUUGGAGAUGAUACGUUGCAGACACCACAAGUACAUGGACUGGCUUGUGAUGUCACUUUGGACGAUAAACUGGUCUACAUGACUGGAAUCGUCAAAGACGGUGCCGUUUUGACAACUAAUGGGGUGACAGGUAUUGUGCCGCAGAGUGCAGGAAAGGACGACAUUUUUGUGGUUCAGCUGAACACGGAUGAUGGCUCUCUUAACUUUGCCCUACAAAUCGGUACAUCAGAAGACGAUACUCUUGCAUCUGGAAUUGGGGUACUUUGCGAUAAGGACGGAAACGCGAUGUUGCUUUGCAAUACGAAAGGUUCGAUGUUUAGAGAGAAAUCUGUGCAACCGAACAACUUUGUGCACAGCAACAUAGCUGUUCUCUCAGUGGAUAGAUUGUCAGGUGCUUUGGCAUCUGAAUUCAUGCAGAAUACCGGGGCACCUACUCUUGUUCCGACGGUGGCCCCGAUGGCUCCACUACUCACCGUCAUUCCGUCUUCAACGCUCUCAUCCGCUACGGCGCCUGCUCAGACCGUUAAUGGAUCGUCAUCAACUGAAUUAUCGAGUGAAGGUCCAUCUUUACCGUUCGUUGCAACUAACCUUCCAACAGCUGUACCAGCACAGGCCAUAACUUUUUCGCAGAGACCCCAGAUUUCGCCUAUGCUUAUCCCAACUAAUCAUCCUUCAAUAGAAGCUCGAGUAUCAACGAACGUGCCAACUAGGGGGAAAGGAAGCUUUGUUUUAGAGUCAGACUUGGGCAGAGAUGAAGACGAAAUAGCGGCGAUCAACAUAACCAACCCAACUACAGACAAUGCAGGAGUCAGCACAGGUCGAGCGACAAGUAACCUUUACAUUAUGAGCGCGAUCGGCUUGAUCAAUAUCAUCAUGGGCAGUCUCAUCGUCAUACUCAUUCUUCAGCGACGUAAUAAGAAAAAAGUUGGUGCUGAACAUGCUCUAUCUUCUCGUGGGUUACAAAGCCACAGUACCACGGGAUACUCUGAUUCAAGUUUGCAACAUCACUUCUUUAAUGACUCAAAUCGAGAAGUAGAAGAACCACUCUAUUUGGAUGAUGGAGUCUUCCACGAUGAUGCCACUUUCCUAUCCGGAACUACGUUGUACGAAAUUCCAAGAAGCUUCGAAAGCAGCGAAAGUCGACUAGAGAAUGUCGAUACUUUACUGAGACUUAAACCUGCCUAUACUAUGGCGACAAGGAACCGCGAUGAUGAAGCCUUCAAACGGCUAAAGCAAACACGAACACGAACCAUCGAGCUUGAAAGAUUUGAGCCUGUACUCGAGGCCAACAUUGCACGCAAUGGAAUUUACAGGCCGAGUAGGGAUCCUUUCGAUCUGUCACGUAAUGCGUAG